AUGGAAGGCGUGAGUGUGUGUGUGUGUGUGUGUAUUUGUGUAUGUGUGUGUUUCGUCUUCCUGCCUCUUUAACUCCACCCCCUCGUCACCCCUCUCCUCUCCCCAGGGUCUGAUGCACAGCAGUGGACCUGUGGGCCGACACAGACAGCUGCUGUUGGUGCUGGAGGGAGAGCUCUACCUGAUCCCCUUUGCCUUGCUCAAGGGCAGCUCCUCGAAUGAGUACCUGUAUGAAAGGUUCAGCCUCAUCUCUGUACCGUCUUUAGCCAGCCUGUGGGCCGCCAUCAAGGUAUUCAAAGAUGUUCAUCUUUAACUGGGGGGUCUCUGAAGUCCCACAAAGCCUAACCCUCGGUUCCUGUUAAUUUUAAGCUCUAUCCAGCCUACUUUGUCCCCAAAACGGACAUGCAGAUAAGUGUUAAUAAAAUAAUUAUUUUUAAACAUUUUUUCUAGCUUUUUUUGACUCUUAAACAACUUCAGCCCUGAUCAUUAAAAAAAUAAUGAUUAGAAAAUUGGAUGUAUUUUCACUUCCUUUUCUCUAGCCUCAUCCUCUACCAAAUCAAAUGCAAUCGAAUUCAUUUGUUCAUAUUGAAUUAAUUUUAUAUAUUGGCAUAUAAAAUCAGAAAAUAUAUGUAAGAUAGGAAUCAUUUACAAGUGGUUAUCCACCUCUAACCAAAAUAUGACCGCAAUUACGCUGAUUGUGCGCAUAUAAAAAAUAAUAUUUGAGAUGUGAUAUCCUCUCACUUAAUGAUCCGAAGGACCUGUUCAUCCUCAUGCAUGUCCAUGUACUUGCUCCAAAGUGAGGGCAAAGUUGACAUUGUCUAAAUGUCCCCCUCUCUUUGUCCCAUGCUGCAGAACUUGGACAUCGGAUUUUUGACCGUAAAAACUCUUCUCACUGCAUGCCCGGUUAUAAACAUGGACGCAGAUUCGCACCUGUGCACACACGCAGGAGCACACAAACUUUUCCUUACACACAUAUCCCACUCUUACACAUCCAUAUCUAGUGGCAUGUAAAGUUUCAUUCAUUUCUGAUGAUGUUCAGUGGAUCAAAUAGCACUUCAAACACUCUCAGUUCAUAAAUGAAGAAUUACGUAAGCGGCACUAAAGGGGUUAAAAUUACGCGCUGGCUCAAUCUGUUGUAUCGCUGUUGAAAAGUAAAACAGUCAAAAAACUUGUUUUUAAUGGAAGUCUAUUGGCCGGUUUACAGAUAGAGGAGGGUGGAUGGAGCUAAAAUGUGUCAACGUAGAACUACACGUGACACUGAGUUAUUUAUUUAUUUAUUUAUUUUUAUAUGAAGAAAAAUAAGAACUCUCACCAAAUCUGAUGCCCCAAUCUUAAAAAAUGUGACUGUCAGCUCACAAAUGGGCAUAGUAGGAACCGAGGGUUAAGUACCUCUGAUAGAUUUAGGCUUCAUUCAAACUCCAUGUCUGUUUGAGAAGCCACCUUCUGUCUGUCGAACCCACAGCCUCACUCUCGCCGCGGCGGCCCCUUGCUCUGCUCUGAUGGAGGUUCAGUAGCUGCGGUUGUCGGUGCCCCUCGCCUGCCCCCCUCUGUGAUGGACCGCUGGCUGUGGGGCCCCUUACCCUCGGCUCAGGAGGAGACCUUGUGGUUGGGAGAGCAGCUGGGGUGUCAUCCCCUAAAUGGAGCGAACGCCACAAAGGAGCGCGUGCUCUCAGCUCUGGGUCAGGCCGAGUGCGUCCACUUUGCGACUCAUAUAUCCUGGAAGCUCGCCGCUCUGGUUCUCGCUCCUGGUCAGGAGCACCCAGGAGGAGGAGGAGGAGGAGGGCGACCCAGAGAGAAGUCACCAUGUGAUGCAUCAGGUGACCCCGGAGGUCAGAGCGGGAGAGUCAGAGGUUCAUUUUCCAGGAGCCGGAGCAGCCCGGGAAGACUCCGAGGAGCAGAGGAGACCAGCGAGGACGGGGAGAGUGUGUGUGACGUGGAGAGUGUGUGUGACAGUCCUCCUCUUCAUGACUUCCUACUGACCGCCGCAGACAUCCUGGACCUGUGCCUGAGCGUCAAACUGGUGGUUCUGAGGUACACACUUCAAACAGAUCCAAAUAAACCUCCUCACUUUGGUUCGAUGUUCUGGGCUGACCCGUCUCUUCUCCUCUCCUCAGGUCCUACCCCGAGUCCAGCAGCAGGGUGUCAGCAGACGGGGUGGUGGGUCUGACCCGGGCCUUCCUGGCAGCAGGGGUCCAGUGUGUGUGUGUCUCUCUGUGGCCUGUUCCUGUUGCCGCCUCCAAACUCUUCACACACACCUUCUACACGGCGCUCCUCAACGGGACCAAGGCCAGCGCCGCUCUGACCGAGGCCAUGAAGACUCUGCAGAGCAGCAAGCACUUCUCACACCCCUCCAACUGGGCCGGUGGGUGGACAGAACCACACAUCUACACAGAGAUGAGAGAUGAGAUUUGUCCAGAUGAGAUUAUUUGAGAUUUGAUGAGAUGAGAUGAGAUUAAAUUAGAUUAGAUUAGAUUAGACUAGGUUAGAUCACAUUAGAUUAGAUUAAUUGAGUGAGAUUGAACUAGAUAAAACCAGAUUAAAUAAAAUGAGAUUUGAUUAGAUGAGUUAGAAUUAUAUAAGAUUAGAUAAAAUGAAAUUUGGCGAGAUGAGUUCAGAUUAGAUUAGAUUAGGCUAGAUUAGAUAAAAUCAAAUUAGAUUUCAUGAGAUUAAAUUCGAUUAGACUAGAUUAGAUAAGAUUAAAUGAGAUGAGAUUUGAUUAGAUGAGUUGAGAUAAGAUUAGAUUAGAUUAGAUUAGAUUAGAUUAGAUACAUUUAGAUUAAAUUAGAUUUGAUGAGAUUAGAUGAAAUUAGACUAGAUUAGAUCAGAUUAAAUGACAUGAGAUUAGAUUAGAUUGGAUUCGAUUAGAGUUUAUUAGGCUAGAUUAGAUUAGAUAAAAUUAAAUUAGAUUUGACUAGAUUAGAUCAGAUUAAAUGAGAUGAGAUAAGAUUAGAUUAGAUUAGAUUAGAUUAGAUUAGAUUAGAUAAAUGUUGAUUAGAUUAUAUGACAUUAGAUUAGAUGAGACAAAAUGAGAUGAGGUCAGAUUAGACUAGAUUAGAUCAGAUGAGAUGAGAUAAAAUAAAAUGAGACUAGAUUAAAUUAGAUUAAAUUAGAUGAAAUGAGAUGAGAUAAAAUGAGACUAGAUUAGAUCAGAUUAAAUGAGAUUAGAGUUGAUUAGAUUAGAUGAGACUAGAUUAAAUUACAUGAGAUGAGAUAAAAUAAAAUGAAACUAGAUUAAAUUAGAUGAGGUUAGAUUAGACUAGAUUAUAUUAUAUUAGAUGAGAUAAAAUGAGAUUAGAUUAGAUUAGAUUAGAUUAGAUACUGUAUUUAUCGUUUUGGGAAGGUUUCCCCUCAGUAAACACCUUUAGGUGUUCUUAUUUUCUGACAAACUUCCUUUUUUAUUUAUCUAUAUUCUUAUUUAUCUAUAUUUAUUUUAGAUGCUUUUUUAAACAGAAACAGUCAUAACUUUACUUUAAAUGCAGAAUUCUUCCUUCAAAAUAUGAGAAAAAACUGAAGGUUAUCGUGAUCGUGAAAGGUUGACCCGCUCUCACAGGGUCUCAGAUUUCUUUUAAAACUCUCAUUUUUCAGUUUUCAUCAGUUUUGUGUUUGUUUUUGUGUGUUUUUUUUCUUCUGGUUUAGGUUACAUGCUGAUUGGCAGUGAUGUGAAGCUGAACAGCCCGAUGUCUUUGGUGGGUCAGGCCCUGGCGGAGAUCCUUCAGUUUCCAGAGAGAGCCAGAGAUGCUCUCAGAGUGCUGCUACACCUGGUGAGACACCUCCACACCUCUUUACCAUGUCUUUGUUUUUUAAGACAUAAUUAAAAAUGGUAAAUCAUUUUUAAUGUGUGUUUCUGUCGGUGUCCUCCUUUUCAUCUGUGCCUCUGACUCUCUGCAGGUGGAGAAGUCUUUACAGCGGAUUCAGAGCGGUCAGUGUAACCCCAUGUACACCUCUCAGCAGAGCGUGGAGAACAAGGUCUGCCUGAUCCUGGCCCUCUUUGUCUUUAAAUGUCACCCUCUGAGUCUCUUCCCCUCAUGUCCUCGUGUCCUCCUCUCUCCUCUGGGUGCAGGUCGGCGGGGUGCCCGGAUGGCAGGCACUCCUGUCUGCGGUGGGUUUCCGUUUGGAUUCCUCUGGUGGCGGUGGCGGUCUCCCUGCGGCAGUUUUCUUCCCCACGUCAGACCCCGGAGACCGUCUGCAGCAGUGCAGCACCACUCUACAGUCUCUGCUCGGUACCUCAGAGUCUGCAUGGUUUUAAAUGUCUCAGAUGUCAAUCACAGCAACCUGAUUAAACCCUUUAUGUUUGAUUUCUUAUCAAUAAAAGUCAAUUUCUCUCUAGACUAAUAACGAGGUAUCUACCUCCAGAAUUAAUGAUGGUUUUCACAGAUUUUCACUCUAAUGUCUCUUUUUUAUCUCCAGGUCUGUCUCCUGCAGCUCUGCAGGCUUUGUGUAAACUGGUCACAGCGUCUGAGGCUGGAGAACAGCUCAUCCAUAAGGUACUGAAUGAUAUAAGUGGAACAAACACUCAGAUCCUUCUCUUUAGGUGUCCCUGAACCGUCUUAUAAUAAACUCACAGGUGUAAGACUUUUAGGAUAGAUGUUGAAGUAGAUAGUGAGGACAGAGAGAGUAAAUGCUAAAAACCUGUGUGAGCACAGGUAAAAAGUCUGGACACACCUGAAAGGUUAAAAAGGAGGAUCUGUCAGGCUGUUAAGUUUGUGAAUCAAAAUAUUAAUGGAAAACACAAGUGAGUUUUCUGAACUUUAACUUUUGUACCGGAAAGGCUUUAAAAAGGCGACUCAUACCGGCAGGUCAGCUGGAGCGUAACACGUAUGAGUGAAAUACAUGAAGUAUGUAAAAUUUGAAGGAUAUUUGCACCACAAAUUGUAGUUGCAGACGGGGAGGACUGGUCUGUCUUUAUGUGGAAACAAACAACAACUAAAACUAUGUACUUUGAUAAGACUCACUGGGUUUUUAUAAAGGCGUUAUAACAAAUAAAAAUCUAAAGUCAAAUUUCUUGAUGGAUCUACACGUCUGUAAACAUCGGUAAAUGUUUAGAUUAGCGACUCUUUCUCUUUCCCUCUCUAUCUCAGGUUGGUAUAAAAUAAAGUUUAUUAUAACUCGACAUUUUUGGACUUUUAUUUCUAAUUUUGAUAAAUCUGAAACACAGAGACAGAAUCAGUUUUUUUCAUUUCAGAUCAGAAGCCAUGACAGGAAACCACUCAUUAAUCAUUAACCACACUCUGUAUAGUGGGUUUGCAUUAUAUCUCCAGCAUAAAUAAUUCAAUAUAUGAAGUAAUUAUUAAUUGCAGCCUUCAAAGAAAUGCAUGGAGAUGGUUGCUCUAUGAAAAUGUUUGGGAGUAGAAGUUUUAACGUUGCAGAAACAGGAAAUGAAACUCUAAAAAGUCGUUCUUCAGUUCAGUAUGAGAGUAGCGACUCCGCCCACCGCUGGUUUGUGUUGGUGUUUUCACCUCGGCGUGAUGCACGUGUGUUGUAGCGAUCACCUGUUGUCCAGGUGUAUCUGACAUGACCAUGGUCUCGUUUUCAUGCUGCACUUACUGAGGUUUAUCCUCAGGUGAUAGAGACCUCAUCACUUUUUUUUUCACUCCUGAAAUCCUCCAUGACACCCGCUCAUCAUCAUAUGUGAUCGUCUUUCAUGCAUGGUGGUGUUCACAGUAAAUCAGAUCAGAUAUUUGCACUGAAACCCUCUCCUCUAAAUCCUCUCUCCUCUCCUCUCAAACCCACCUCACAAAGGCGGUUAAAAGCGUGGUGGGAACGGUAAGUCUUUAACCAUCACAACAAUGACUUCUCUUUAAAUAAUGUGAGCGGACGCUCUAAACAGACAUUUAAAGACGAGCUCAGCGAGUUUCUGCACUCGCUGUUUAAUUCUGAAAGGUCUUUGUGAUGUGGGUGAUUCGUCUGUCGGACUCUUAAUGUGAAAAGUUCAAGUUAUUUUGUCUUUUUUGAGUCUUUUUUGUCUCUCCUCCUCAAAGCUUCACCAGGUCCUGGUUCAGCUGCAGUCCGGUGACAAAGAACAGGACUUUUCUCUGGCUCCCAUUCAGGUGUCCAUCAGUGUUCAGCUCUGGAGGCUCCCGGGCUGCCACGAGUUCCUGGCUGCACUCGGUGAGACUCAAACGCACAAAAACAAACAAACAAACAAACAAAUAGUGUGUGACUUUUAUUUAGCUCCAAACAUCCAAAUACUCCGUGGUGCGGUUAAUUAAGUAGGAAAAAAUACACAUUUAAUUAAAGGAGAGGAAAAGUUUGACUUAAGUUUUCACAGAUACAUGAACCAUAUAAGGUAGUCUCGCCUGGAGAUAUUACAGUGGCCUUUAAGGACAAAAAGCCCCUUAAUGCAUGUUCAGUGUAAUCCCGCAUUUGUUAAAUUUUAACCUCUAAAAACUUCUGCCAGUUCAGUUUCUUUGCACAAAAACCUACGAAAGAGGAAUAGGGCCACAUGAAGAGAAAAAGAUAAUAACAGGAAGGAGAUUAAAGUCGAAUUUUGAGAUUAAAAAUCGAAAUUUUAUCAAUAAAGUCAAAAUUUCAAGAUUAAAAAUUGACAUUUCGAGAUUAAAGUAGAAAUUUCUAGAUUACACAAUGUCCAAAUGGCGUGAAUUAUGUCAAAAUUUCAAGAUUAAAAAUUAAAAUUUUUAAAUUAAAUUUGGAAUUUUAAGAUUAAAGUCGACAUGAAUAAAGUCAAAAUUUUGCCUUUUUUAAAUUUCGAAUUUAAUCUCGAAAUUUCAAUUUUAAUCUCGAAAUGAAAAUUUAAAAAAUGUGCCUCCUGUAAUUAUUUUUUCCCUUUUUGUGGCCCUGACUCUCUUUCGUAAAAACCCUCCUCUGUUCUCUUUUUUUGUUUGUUUGUUUGUUUGUUUGUUUUUUUGCACAUCAAGAAGUUGAGAGUCAAGAAAUCGUCUUAUCUCAGAAACUUAAAGAGUCACUUUUUUCUUAUCUCGUUUGUACUUUUGCUCUUUACUGUCCAUCCAGGUCCUGUUUUUUUUUUUUUUUUUUUUUGUAUGUAAUAUCUUGUAAUAAGUCAUUUUUCUAGACUUAAUGAGUUAUUUUUUUUCAGAGGUAAAACAAAAACACCUGCUGAGAUUUGAGUUUUUGUCGCAGCGAGAUUCGAUGCUUUACCUUAAGGUUGUGAUUUUUCAUGCAGUUUUUAAAGUUUGAAAAGGUGUACAUCAUUGAAAAGGUUAUGAUUGUAUUUUUAAAUGAUAAAGUCCUCCUCAGGUGGUUUUAACUUCCUCUCUUACUAGAACAGAGAUGAUCUGUGAGGCUCACUAAGUGGACAGUAAAAAUCGUUUGACUUCAGACUCUCUCCCUUUCUCUCUCUCUCUCUCUCUCUCUCUCUCUCUCUCUCUCUCUCUCUCUCUCUCUCUCUCUCUCUCUCUCUCUCACUCAGGUUUCGAUCUGUGUGAGGUCGGUCAGGAGGAGGUGGUUCUGAAGACUGGAAAGCAGGCCAGCAGACGGACCAUGCACUUCGCCCUCCAGUCUCUCCUGGCUCUCUUUGGUGAGAAUAAUUUGGGAUUUUCAAAAUAAAAUCCUCUUUAAAUCAUUUCUCUGUUUCAUCUUGAUAUUUUUGUUCUUGUCUCUUCAGACUCCACAGAGCUCCCCAAGCGUCUGAGCAUGGACAGCUCCUCCUCCCUGGAGUCUCUGUCCUCCUCUCAGUCCACCUCCCAGCCUCACUCCUUACCCCUUUCCUUCAGCGGUUACCCCCCCCAGCCCUCCUUCUUACCCCCUGUCUGCCCUGACAACCUCUCCUGCGACGCCAUCUCCGUCUACAGCCUCAGCUCCCUUGCCUCCUCCCUCAGCUUCCUGUCGCGACCCGAGCCAGCAGGAAGUGACAUCAUCAGCCAGCGCUCACAUCAGCAGGAUCUGGAGAGACCUGGUGGAGGAGGAGGAGGUCUUUACUCCUCACACCGGCACUCAGGGGGUCUGCAACGAGGUCGGCUGACCAAUCGCGGGGGAGGAGGAGUGGUAGGAGGAGGAGGCGAGGAAGAGGAGUACGAAGGUUACUCCAUCAUCAGCAGUGAGCCGUUAGGGCGAGGGAGGAGGGAGUGUGACACGCUGCCACUGCCUGCAGGACACAGACAGAGCAGAGGGGGUGCUGGGAGAGGGUCUUCGGGGGGUCACGGAUAUCCUCUUACAGUUUCCUCGAAGGGAAGUGUCAGCACGCCGACGUCUCCGAUAAAAGCUCCGCCUCCUCUGCCUCGGAAACCUGCCAGCCCCAAAGAGAAACAGAGCAUGUAAGUCUCAAAUUCAGGAGAAAUUUACAUCUUUAUAAGAUCUCAAAGUGUUAUCAAAAUACGACCAAAGUUUAAAAAAAUACUUAAAAUGAAAUCUUUUUUUUUAAAAUUAAGACGAAUUGUUAAAAGAGCAAACCAGACAGGCUGAAUCUCAUAUAAGUGAAGACAGGAAGAGGUUCACUGCGCUGUGAGAGACCGUGAACAGUUUAACAGUCAUAGGAUAAAAACACAGUUUUAGGAGCAACAUCUGCUGCCAUCCAGACAAUGACUUUUUCAUAUUUCUGCAUAUUUAAUAAUGAAACCUCCUGUACUGGCCUCAAUAAACAAAGUGUGAAGACUGAGUCAGGUUAGAAAUUCAUGUUCGGAAUAAAUGUUUACAUGGACGAGUUUCGGGACAAUGAUGGGCAUAAACAGCCACUCUCAAUUGGAAUACAAUUUCUUUCCGCAUUGGGCCGAAUUGGAUCCGAAUCUUCUGAUUGACAUGUUUACAUGACGCAUUUCUAUUCCUAUCGGGCCUUAAAGGGAUAUUCCUGUGUAUAAUUAAUUUAGGGUCAAACACACCAUAACACCGAGUUAGACACCCCCUCCAGAGAUGAAUGUUGCCGACUGCUUGCUUCUCUAGUUAUACCAACUUUAGUAACGACCGCAGGAUAGCAAUACACAGCGGUCUGAGGAGCCAUAAACAAACCUCAACCAAAACGCGACUCUAUAGCCACAAAUAAUGCUCAGAACAGCACCUAACUUCAUCAACAGUACAUAUAGGGUCCCAGCCAUAGUACUAGACACCAAACAUCUUUUUAACUUUGCCUAAUUUCUUUAGUAAAGAGACUAAACACAACUCACCUACUCAGCGGGGUGACACAGCUCAAGGAACAUUUAUGAUCAUUUCUUUAUCAUUUCCUUGAAGUAAUAAUCACCAUAUUAAUCAUUUUGCACUGCAGACGCAGAAGUUCUUCUGCCUUAGCGUCUCAGUCUGAUUGUAUUUCCAUUAAGAAAUUAUCAUAAAUGCUCUUCCUUGAGCUGCGUAACCCCACUGUAGUCUGUAAUGGACUGGCCUGAGGUCUCACUACAAACAAGCAGCUGUUGGAAGAGAGUAGGUGAGUUGUGUUUAGUCUCUUUGCUAAAGAAAUUAGGCAAAGUUAAAAAGAUGUUUGGUGGCUUGUGCUGUGGCUGGGACCCUACAUGUACUGUUGAUGAAGUUAGGUGCUGUUCUGAGCAUUAUUUGUGGCUAUAGAGUGGCUUUUUAGUUGAGGUUUGUUUAUGGCUCCUCAGACCGCUGUGUUUUGCUAUCCUGCGGUCGUUACUAAAGUUGGUAUAACUAGAGAAGCAAGCGGUUGGCAACAUUCAUCUCUGGAGGGGGUGUCUAACUCGGCAUUUUAAACAAUAUCUCCAGGUUUAGAAGCAACAUCUGCUACCAUCCAGACAAUGACUUUUUUAGGGAAGACCUUCAUAUGAUCCCAAACCACAUUCUGACAACAGGGAUUACAACAGCAUGGCUCUGUAGGAGAGGAGUCCUGCUCAGAAGCUGGUCUCCUGGGUUCUUGGGCAUUGACAGUGUUGUUAAAGGGAGAGAUGAUGCACCUUAGUGGUGAACAAAAACUCAACGGCCUUAUAGAGAAAGUUAGAGAUGUUAUUAAAGCAUGUGGAGACAUAGAUCAUACUUUAAAUCAGGAUGUGCUUACAAUAGAGCCAGAUCCAAUAAUGCUUUAUAUCUGCUCUCCUGUUCGAACUUUGACCUCUUUGUGCACAUUCUGGUUUUUUAGCAGUUCAUCAGGUGGUUUUGUAACAAACACCAAAGCUACACCUGAUCAAGUUUUCAGGGUUGUUAAUUUAAAUCUAUCUCCUAAUCACACUUGUUUCCUCUGGUUUUACUCCAGCUCAUCUCCUCUAAGGACAGGGAAGGGGAAGGUCAGCAGCUCGGAGUCAGACCAGUCCAGCACCGAGACAGACAGCACAGUCAAGUCCCAGGAGGAGAGGACAGUCCCUGCAGGACAGCUGGACCCUCAGGAACUGGCGCAGAAGAUCCUGGAGGAGACGCAGAGUCACAUGCAGGCCGUGGAGAGCCUGCAGAAAGCCAACAUUAGAGGGAAGACGCAGAGGGGAGGGGAGGGGACUUCUCAGUCCACUCCUGCGACUCCAACUCUGUCCCCUACAGGAGGAGCUCGCAGGUUUCAGCCGUCAGAGAGGAGUGCGUUCAGCAGACCUCCCAGCAGAGCCAGUUUAAAGGCCUCCUCUUCUCCUCUCUCCCCCCUCCCCCCUUCUGUUUCAACGCCUCCCCCAACCCGACCCAAACCUCCAUCCCGCUCCUCCUCUCUGCAGAAGAUCAGCUCCGGAUACAGCAGCCCGGCUCAUCCCUCCCCAUCUUUAUCCUUCUCAAUGAAAACCCAGACUUCUCCUUUCUACACAGGUUCUCCAGAGGUGGACCCCCAGGCUCAGCUCAAACUGAAGUACCCGCCCUCACCUUACACCUCCCACAUCUCACCCUCCCACUCACCAGCUCUUUCGUACUCCUCUGCAGGAUCCGUUUCUGCCUCCUCCAGCCCUGCAAACACUCCUGAACUGAAACAGUCCAAACAGGACAGUAAAGUCCAGACAGUCCAUAACUUAAAAACCUUCUGGGCCAACGCAGGGCAGAAACACGAGGAGCCCUGCCCGGCCAGUUUACUCCGAGGCGGGAAUAAGAAAAUGAGCAAAGUCCAGAAAGAUGUUCUGGGUUUGCUGAAUCUCUCUCCUCGACAUGAGUCUGCGAGCAGGAACGUCGAGGAAUCUAAGGAGCACAACACUGGUGAAAGACCAAACGGUCACCACAGUUUGGAGGCAAAAUCUCUGUCUAAUAAUCCGCCCACAAACUCUAAAGGAAGCAUCAAACUCCCCUCUGGGAACGGCUACAAGUUUCACUCUCCGGGUCAUUUUUUUCCUUCUUCUAAAUGCUGA